AUGUCGCUUGAGCAGCCGCCCGGCGCCUCUGCGCCUGCCAAUGCCGCCGCGAGCCAGAACAACGGCGACUCUGCGCUUGCCAGCUCGCGCCCAUUGCCCGCCGCAACCAGCGCCAGCACCACCACAUCGCUGCACUCCCUCAAGCCCGCAGCUGCCACCCCGGCGACCUCGACCGCUACCUCCUCCGCCUCCCCCGUCGGGUUUUCGCGAAUCCCCUCCGGCUUCUCCGCCUCCACCGAAGAGAUCCUGCGGCGCGUCAGCGCAAACGCCUCGGCGCAUGUUGGCACUCCGGGCUACGAGGCCGCGCGCGAGCAGGUUCUGAAGAGCAUGGUCACCAGUGACAAGAUCCCCACCCCGCCGCCAAUGUCGACCGCCAAGAGAGGAUCCCGCGGCGCUCCCAGGACCGCCCUGGCGAAUUCGUCCACGCCGCGCCCGGAGAGCGCAGCUGGUGCGGGGGAGAGUAGCGCAACGCCCGCGUCUGCUGCGAGUGCCACAUCUGCGAGAGGGAGAGGCAGUGGCCGAGGGCGUGGACGCGGGGGCUCGAGGGGAGGCAAGAGGAAAAGGGCAGACACGCCGGACAGUGAGGACGACUCGGACAUUUCUUCCUCCUACACUCCGCUACCUACAAAAACGAAAUCAGGCCGCAAUGUUACGAAGCCUGCCCAGUUCAUGCCUGUUCUCCCCUCCCCUUCGACCGCUUCCAGAAAAAAGCGCCCGCAUCGCCGCCCCGCCGAGACGAGCGUCUGCAAAGUGUGCCAGCGGGGUCACAGUCCCAUAAGCAACAUGAUAGUCUUCUGCGAUGGGUGCAACUCAGGCUACCACCAAUACUGCCAUCACCCCCCUAUUGAUCGUGAGGUUGUGCAAGUGGCCGAAAAGGAGUGGUUCUGCGGAGCUUGUGCUGCUUCGAGGAAAAAGCAAGACGAGGCAAUACCCAAUCUGAACGAGUUGGUUUCAGGCCAAGGUCUGACUAGGGACGAAAAGCGGGCAUACUUUUCCACGCUAUCGACAGCAAAGCUUACGGAGCUAUUACUCCACGCCACCGACAUACAUCAUGAUCUUCCGGUCUUUGCACCGAAUUCUAGGGCUCUUAUCAGCGCUACGGGAGCUCUACCGAGACCAUUAAGCGCCAUGACGAGUAACGCGACGACCGACGGCCCUGCCGUUCAGACGAACCACAAUUCUGCCCUCAACAACACCGACUUCUCCACCAACCACACCCAGACCAUUAACCCCGCAACUACGACGUCUGUACCGCCACCUUCAAUGCUAGCGAAUUCGAGCACAACCUCCUCCAUAACUCCUGCCGCUACUACCUUGAACCAGAGUCAUUCACCAUCCACCCUUCUUGCACCGGACCCAGACGACGCAGGCGUAGACGAUGCUGACGAUCCGUAUGGCGACGGAUAUGACUCGGAUCCGCCCGCUCACUAUCCAAAGCCAGGGCAUGGCCUGGCACGCACCCUACGGCCCGAGAGUGAGGAUCUGCAAUGGCUCGUCGACGAUAAUCUCGAAGUAUUCAGCCACGUCUAUACUAACGACGGGCAAAGCGGGCUAAAUGGAUUCGGGCCGGAUGGUGCCAUUGACUUGGCGGGUGCCGAGGCGGCUGCGGCGCCCUGA